AUGUUUCAGCAUGAUCGUGAGCGACUUGGCGACUACUGCGGAGAGACGGUGCACUUAAUUCCACAUUUUACGGAUGCAGUAAUCCAGUGGGUUGAGCAAGUGGCCAGGAUUCCCGUUGAUGGCACAUUGGAAAGGCCAGACGUUUGCAUCAUUGAGGUUGCUUCCUUGCCCUGCGGAGAAGGAAAUGGGCUGACAGUGCUGCAGCAAAAGGAGACGAGGAGAAAAAAGGAAAGGUGCUCCGUAUUGUUGACAAGAAGGAGCUGUCAGACUACGUCAAGCGCUUUUCAAAUUUCCGUUUCUCAAUUUUAUGAAGUGUCUGAUGAAUUUCUUUUGGACAUAGUGCUCAUUCUCCUUUUUUAAAGUAUACACCUUGCACCUGCGUCAAGGAAAUAGAAAAGACCAUCCCCGACAAGUUUUGACCCAUCUGCUACUAAUUCUUUCUAAUUUGCUGUACUUACAUAUCACUAUCAUAUCAUUUGCCUUGACUCUACUCCCGCUUUUGCGUAUCACUUAUUUGCAAUCCG